AUGCUACUGCAUGAUGUAUUAAUACAUGUUGCUCCAACAGAUAGAACAUUAGGUAAACGUACAGAGGCAGUAACCGCGUCGUUAGGUGUAGCUGUGCCUGGUGUCUGGGGGGGGGAGGUGGGGGUCAGCGCGGGCGUUGUUAUCGCUGUCACCGCGCCCCCCCCCCCCCACCGCACCCCCCCGGGCCGCGCUCGCCCGCUCCGUGUAACAACGGUAACGUGA